AUGUCGCACUUAAUGCUCGCAAGACCCGCAACCGUCCUCGAAGCUCCCGAGACCUCGUCUCGCCACGAACAUGAGCAGCGCAACUCCCGCCGCAUCCCUUCUAGCGGUUCGUCCGCUUCAAAUCCGCGCGGUUUGAACGGAGCUUGCGACUCGCCGUUGUCCACGUCACCAACAUCGUGGCGCCCACGCUCCCCCACCGUCGUCCGCAGCCCGCACGCGGAGAUCAUCCGCCAGCAGGCGGAAUCGGCGCAGGAGCGCGAGGCGGAGAUGGACCGCGCGUGGGAGAGCGCGGAGCGCGCAUCGGAGAGCGCCUCCGCCGCAGAGCUCGCCGCAACCAGCUUUACAGAGAAAGAGCGCCACGGCGGUCAGCCUAACGUGAGCGUCUGCGACCGCGGCGAUAACUAUGGCGAUGUCGAAAAUUCUCUGAGCACUUCGCCGCUAAGGCAGCUCUACGGCUCUAAGUUUGCUGCGUGGCGCUCUCUUCUCCCCCCUGCUGCAUCCCGUGUCCUGACGCAGCCGUUGAAUCUGAGCCGUUCAAAUCAAAGACCUGGCAGUGCUCUUGAGCGACGCGGUUCUGGACUCAAGGAUUAUUCACGAAGCUUCCACGCAAUGUUGUUGGAUCUCCAUCGAGGCAUCGAGUCAGGCGCGCAGGAGGGAGCCUCGUCGACCAGCACCGGCGCGGCGCGCUCACCCUCAGGGACGAACGCGCCUCACAACGCGCACCCGCGUCGCCUUCAUCGACGCGCCCGGUCGCUCACCAGCAUUACUACCUCCCAGGAGUUUUCCCUACUCGAGGACUCCGCAGGUGUUCUUCCCCAGCCGUCCGAUCUUCAAAAGUGUUCAAGCAAUGGCGAGGAUGCGGCGCGCCGCGAGGGACAUGUGACGGAGAGCGCCGCAGCGGGAGCGGGCAGCGGAGCGUCGGAAAAGGUCCCAUCCGCCGUCGUCCCGUCGUCGAACGGCACUACUCAGUUCAUCGCCCCACGUGAUCGUAGGCGGCUCCACGUCUCCCCCAUCACCCGUCCCCUGCCUUGUGCGGCGACACACCAGCGCUUCCCCCUUUCAUGGGAGUGGCGCAAGCGCUGA